GGUGCCUAGAGGCUGCGGGAACACGGCGUCGGGGCCUCCAGACACAAAGAGCUGCCGGCAGGACGCAGGGUGCGUGCAGUGCGCGCGCCAGCGCCCUUGGCUCGCGCCAGUGUGUGCCAAGCGCGGGGGAGACCAGAGGCACCCACUGCCCAGCCUGCUAUGGGAUGGGUGAAGAAGAAGAGAACCACUAUGUUUCACAGCUCAAAGAAGUCUACAGCAGCUGUGACACCACAGGGACAGGCUUUCUGGACCGGGAAGAGCUGACCCAGCUCUGCCUUAAGCUUCAUCUGGAAAAGGAGCUGCCCAUCCUUCUGCAAACACUUCUUGGAAAUGACCACUUUGCCAGGGUUAACUUUGAGGAAUUUAAGGAAGGUUUUGUGGCAGUGUUGUCAUCAAAUGUUGGUGCUGGCCCCUCGGAUCAAGACAGUAGUUCCUUGGAAUCUACUGCUUCACGUGCUGUCCCGCCAAAGUAUGUGAGUGGCUCUAAAUGGUAUGGUCGCUGGAGCUGCCCUGAGCCUGAGCCAUGUGGCUCUGCAACAGGAGCCAAAUGUUUACCAGAACAGCAGGCGAGGGCCACUGGAAGAGGCCAGCUCCGCCGCUCUGCAUCUCUGGAAAGUGUGGAGAGUCUCAAGUCAGAUGAAGAAGCUGAAAGUGCUAAAGAACCUCAGAAUGAGUUGUUUGAAGCACAAGGCCAGCUGCCAGCUUGGGGUUCUGAGGUCUUCAGAUGCCUCCAGAAGCCCUGCAGCCUCUCCCUGGACACCCCUGAGAGCCGGGUUCGUGGCAUCUGGGAAAAGCUAGGUGUUGGCAGUAACGGCCACCUCAGCGAGCAGGAGCUGGCUGUGGUCUGCCAAAGCAUCGGGCUCCAGGCACUGAAGAAGGAGGAACUGGAGGACCUGUUUAACAAACUGGAUCAAGAUGGAGACGGCAGAGUGAGUCUUGAGGAAUUCCAGCUUGGCCUAUUCAAUCACGGGCCCACUUCACUUCCAGAGUCUUCCACUCCCAUCAAACCAAGCAUGUCCUGGUCUCAUCACCAGGUCCUGGAGGAGGGCAGCUGCCAGACUGCCACAACAUCAUCCCUGGUGUCCGUGUGCUCAGGCCUGCGCCUCUUGUGCAGUAUUGAUGAUGGCACCGGCUUUGCCUUUCCUGAGCAGCUCAUCACCCUGUGGGCCCAGGAGGGGAUUCGGAACAGCAGAGAAAUCUUGCAGAGUCUUGGCUUCAGUGUGGACGAGAAGGUGAAUCUUUUGGAGCUGACCUGGGCCCUUGAGAAUGAGCUCAUGAUGGUCGGUGGUGCCACUCAACAGGCAGCCUUGGCCUGCUACCGCCAGGAGCUGAGCUUCCGCCAGGGACAAGUGGAGCAGAUGGCAAGGGAGCGAGACAAGGCGAGGCAGGACCUGGAGAAAGCUGAGAAGAGGAACCUGGAGUUUGUGCAAGAGAUGGAUGACUGUCACUCUGCCCUAGAGCAUCUCACGGAGAAGAAGAUCCAACACCUGGAGCAGGGAUACCGGGAAAGGCUGAGCCUCCUGCGGUCUGAGGUGGAGAGGGAACGUGAGCUGCUCUGGGAGCAGACCUGCAGGCAGACAGCUGUGCUGGAGAAGGACCUGGAGCGUCUGCGGGGCGAGGAGGCCAACCUACGUGGGAAGCUGACUCUGGCGCUGAAGGAAAACAGUCGAUUACAGAAGGAGAUUAUUGAAGUGGUGGAAAAGCUUUCGGAAUCAGAGAAGCUGGUCUUGAAAUUGCAGAAUGACCUGGAAUUUGUGUUGAAGGACAAGCUGGAGCCACAGAGUACAGAGCUCCUGGCCCAGGAGGAGCGGUUUAUAGAGGUCCUAAAGGAGUACGAGCUCAAGUGCCGGGACCUGCAGGACCACAACGACGAGCUGCAAACUGCACUGGAAGGUCUGCGGGCACAGCUGCCUCCGAGUUGGCAUGGCCGUCCCCGUGCACAGCCAGAGGAACGGCUGCUGUCUGGACAUGGCCCAACAGGCAUCACUUCAUUUGUGGGUGAUUGCAUUCCAGUGAGUUUAGAAACCGAGAUAAUGAUGGAGCAGGUGAAGGAACACUACCAAGACCUCAAGAUCCAGCUGGAGACCAAGGUAAAUUCCUAUGAAAGGGAAAUGGAGGUGAUGAGAAGGGACUUUGCAAAGGAGAGGGAGGAAAUGCAGCAGGCCUUCAGGCUUGAGGUCCGUGUGUUGGAGUGCAGGAGGGCCGACCUGGAGGUGCUGCUCAUGAAGUCUCAGGAGCUCAUCCGAGGCCUGCAGGACCAGCUCCAGCAGGCUUCCCACAGCCCCUUGACAGAGAGGGCAGUGUUGGGACAGUGCUGUGCACAGGCGCUAUCUGGCCCAGCCCAGCGGCUGGCCCAGGAACAGGACCCACUGAAGCAGGAGCAGCGCCAGAGGCAUCGGAAGGAGCUUCAGCGAGUCAGGAAAGAGGCAGAAGUUGAGUUGAACCACAAGCUCUCAAGGACGGAAUCCUUACAGCAGACUGCCCACUGUAAGGACUUAGCGCUGCAGCAUCAGCAGGAGAAGGAAGAGCAGAAACACCUGCUGCAAGUCCAUGAGGUGAUAGAGCAGCAUGAUCUGGAGAAGGAGUGGAGGGAGGGCAAAGGGAAGGAGAUCCUCCCACUCUGUGGAAGGCAACAGCUAAAGCUGCGGGAGCUGACAGGUGAGGAGCAGAUGCAACCGUGCAGGUCCUCUGCCCUGGAGAAGGAAAGACUGGAGCUUGCCUGUAGGAAGCAAAUGGGAAAGCUUAUGCAGGAAGAAGACAUGCUGCAGGCCUGCUUGAAGGAUGGGCCAGCAGUGGCAGGUGGUGACCAAGAAGGUAUGGGUGGCCCCAUGCCCCUCUGUGCAGGCAGGAGGGAGCAGUCACUGGUGUGGCAGGAACCUGGUGCUGGGCAUGGCCAUGGGCAAGCCAGGCACAGGGAUGUGCCAGGCCGGUACUUGUGCCAUAUGGACCCCAGGCAGAGCCCAGCCCUAGACCCUGCCUUGGCCUGCAGAGGGUCCUUGGAGAACCUUGGCCUCAGAGAGGAUGGUCAGGGUGUACUUGACCCUGAGGAGGUAGCUUCUGCCCCCCCAGGGAGGUGGUUACAGGUGCAUCAACGUGGGGUGGACAAGAAAGCAGUCCUAGAGGAGCUGGUACCUCCUGCCAUUGGCCCAUCUGGUCUGAAUCAGCCUGAAGACCAGGAGCUGCUCUGGAAAACAGAGGGAGAUGCCUCACCAGCUCAGCCCCCAACAUCAGGCAGAGGAGAGACUGAGAGGCAGCCAGCCAUUCUUGAGCGAGCUGGGAACCUGAGUGGGGGGCUGGCCCCCAUGGGGAGCCAAGGGCAGGCCUUGGAGGAACAGGCCUGGUGUGGGAACAGCACCCUGGAGCAAGGGCUGCAGCACAGCAGUGACAAGGCCAAGGAGGGCACCUUGUUCUCCCACCUGCACCUUGCUGACCCCCAGGGAGCCAGGCAGGAACAGCUUGAGGUCCUGCAGGAGGAAGAGGCCAACAUGGCUCUGGAGCAAGAGAAGGAUGGCAUGAAAACCAAACUGCUACAGCUGGAGUAUGUCGUUUGGGCUCUUGAGAAAGAAGCAGAUGCAAGAGAGAACAACAGGAUCAUUAUCACAUAUGGGAAAUUUAGCAUGAAUAUGCUGCUAUUUUUAAUUUGCACUCUACAUCCAGAUUUCACCAGUUGUUUUGGUAUGUUCUUUCUAGAUUGUUCACUCACCCUAUAUCUAAUCAAGGAUCAGGCCAUGCAUUUAGUUAAUCAUAUCUCUUUAAUAUCCUUUUUUAAAAAGUUUACUUAUUGAGAGAGAGAGAGAGAGAGCGAGCGAGAGAGCGAGCAUGCAUGCUCAAGCAUGGGGCUUGAUCCCAUGAACUGUGAGAUCAUGACCUGAGCCGAAAUCAAGAAUUGGUUGCUCAACUGACUGAGCCACCCAGGUGCCCCAUAUCCUUUAAUCUAAGAGUGUAUCCAUCUUUUUUUAUUAAUUUUUUUGUCAGUGGAUGUUGACUUUUUUUUUUAUCAUGGUAAAAUAUACCUAAUGUAAAAUUAACCAUUUUAAUUGCUUUUAAGUAUAUAAUUUGGUGGCAUCAUGUAUACACAAUGUGCAGUCAUCACCACUGACUACUUCCAAAACUUUUUCAUCAUUCCAAACAGAAACUCUGUACCUAUUAAACAAUAAUUAUUGCUAGUAUUUUAUGAGGAUUUUAGCAUCAAUAUUGGUAAAGGAUAUUGGUCUCUAGUUUUCCUGUACUGUCUUUAUCUGGCUUUGAUAUCAUAGUAAUGCUGGCCCUGUGGAAUGAAUUAGGAAGUGUCCCCUCCUCCUCAAAUUUUGGAAGAGUUUGAGAAGUAUUAGCAUUUCUUCUUUAAAUGUGUGGUAGAACUCACCAGGGAAUCCUGGUAGCUCCUGGGCAUUUCUUUGUUACAAGUCGUUUGAUUAACUAACUCAAUCUCCUAACUAGUCAUAGGUCCAAUUAGAUUUUUUAUUUCUUCAUGAGUCAGUUUUGGCAUAUUGUGUGUUUCUAGGAAUUUGGACAUUGAUGUUUUUGAAAAAUCAAGACCAGGUGUUUUGCAGAAUUCCUCCAUUUGGAUGCCUGAUUUUUCCCUUGGUUAGAUUCCUUCUUAUAUCUCAUGCCUUCUUUAUAGGAUCUUUUUCUUUCUAAUGUGUAGUCUUUAGAAGUUCCCUUAGUGAAACUCUGUUGGAGUAAAUUCCCUCAAUUUCUGUUUAUCUGAAAAUGUCUCAAAAUUUCCCUCUUUUUUGAAAGAUAGUGUUCCUAGGAACACAAAUCUAGAUUUAAGGGCUGUUCUCUGCCCUUUGAACAUAUUCAGUAUCUUCAAGAUUCCACUAUUGACAUUAAGUAGUCUACUCUGUUUAGUUAUUGCUGUAUAUGUGUAUUAAUUUUCUAUGGCUGCUGUAACAAAUUACCACAAAGUUAGUGGCUUAAAACAACACAAUUUAUUAUUUUAUAGUUUUGGAGCUUAGAAGGAAAUGGGUAUGACUGGACCAAAAUUAAGAUGUUGGCAGGGUUGCCUUCCAGUAGUUAUAGAAGAUAAUUGCUCUUCUUGCCUUUUCUAGCUUCUGUGGGCUGUUUGCAUUCCUUGUUUUUGGCCCCCUUCCAUCUCUAAAGACAGUGAUGUCUGGUCAGGUCUGCCUUACAUCACAUCAUUCUGAUACCCACUAUCCUGCCCCUUCCCUCCACGUUUAAGGACCCUGUGAUUACAUUGGGCCCAUCUGGAGGAUUCAAGAUUUAUAGCUGUAGCUCAUUCAUAUGGUUCAUUGCUGUGGAGUGUUAUGUGAAUAUACUACAAUUUACUCAUUCACUUGUUGAUAGGCAAUUUGAGUAGUGUUUAGUUUGGGUUUUGGUCAUCACAAAUAGCACUGCUAAGAAAGUUCUUGUCCAUGUCUUUUGGAACAUUUAUGUUGGAGUGUACCUAAGAAUGGAAUUGUCAGGUGAUAGGGCAUAGGUGUGGUUUUCUUUCUACCUACUGUAUUUAGAAAAGCAUUGUGCCCAUUGAAUUUGUGUCUUAUGAAAAACUUCCAGCCAUUAUUUAUUUAUUCUUUUUUUUAACAUGAAAUGUAUUGUCAAAUUGGUUUCCAUACAACACCAAGUGCUCAUCCCAACAGGUGCCCUCCUCAAUACUCC